AUGGACCGGAGGAGAACCGAUAGUCCAGUAUACACGCGGCAGUGGAGCGAGAAUUCCAGCAGCACCGGCUCAUCAUCGCCGGUGAUGUCGCCGGCUCAUCAUCAGUCACGGCUUGGUCCUACUUCUACCGGCAUCUCCACCAUCAAACGCACCCAAAACGUGGCUGCCAAAGCCGCCGCGCAGCGCCUUGCUCGCGCCAUGGCGACUCGAACUGUUGACGACGAUGAGGAUGAGGACGACGAUCUCGAGUUCGGUUUCAGUGUUCCACCGGCGUCUGCUCACUCUUCCUUCUCCAGCAACAGGAGUUCUACUGCUAAUGCUAACGUCAUCCCUCCAAUUUCGAUCGCGAGGCCGAACAGAUCUCCUUCUCCUGCGUUAGGUCGGAACUUUGUAGAGCAUACUCAAUCGGUGCGUUCAUCAUCUGCUGGAAGACCAGCAGUUUCAGUUCGUUCAGCACAGGUGGUGCCACCUCCCAAAUCAACUAUCCGAACACCUAUGCCUGUACCCCCAAUUGAUCCUCCUACUAAUAGGAAUAGAGAAAAAAGGUUUCCACAAGACAUCACUAUAAGGCAACUUAACUCUAAAGACACAGGAGAUCAGCGUGAAGCUUCUGCACUCCGUGAUGAACUUGAUAUGCUACAAGAAGAGAAUGAUGCUUUAUUUGAAAAGCUAAAACAAGCUGAGGAAAAACGCCAAGAAGUGGAGAUCAGAUCCCGGGAACUCGAGAAACAGGUUGCUUCUCUUGGAGAAGGUGUAUCCCUGGAAGCCAAACUGCUGAGCAGGAAAGAAGCUGCUUUGCGUCAAAGAGAGGCUGCUCUGUUGGCUGCAAAACAAACACGGAGUGAAAGGGAUGAGGAUCUCACAGCCCUUCGUGUCGAACUUCAGAACCUAAAAGAUGACGCUGCAGCAGCAGAGGAACAACGGCAAGAAGCUGAAGCUGAAGCAAAGGCUCUUCGAACAAUGACAGAGAGAAUGAUUUUGACCCAAGAAGAAAUGGAGGAAGUGGUCCUAAAGAGAUGUUGGCUUGCCCGCUACUGGGGUCUUUCUGUAAAACAUGGCAUAUGUGCAGAUAUAGCACAGUCCAAGCAUGAACAUUGGUCUGCUUUAGCUCCUCUUCCUUUUGAACUUGUCACCUCAGCUGGACAAAAGGCUAAGGAGGAAUCUUGGAACAAAAGUGCCGAUGGUUCAGAUAGAAGCAAAAUUGUUCGUGACGUGAAUGAUCUUGCUGGGGAAGGAAACAUAGAGAGUAUGCUUUCAGUUGAGAUGGGUUUGAGGGAACUUGCUUCUUUGAAGGUUGAGGAUGCCGUUGUACUUGCAUUAGCCCAACACAGACGCCCAAAUUUGAUUCGGCAGUCUGUUUUAGAUUCCAAAUCACCUGGUGAUGCCAAAUAUUUGGAAGCAUUUGAAUUAAGUGAAGAGGAAGCCGAAGACGUUCUUUUCAAAGAGGCUUGGUUAAUUUAUUUCUGGAGAAGAGCUUUAUUUCAUGGUGUGGAAGAAGAUAUUGCAGAAGACAGGCUUCAGUUUUGGAUUGCCCGCAACGGACAGGCACCAACUUCACAUGAUGCUGUUGAUGUUGAGCGAGAUUUGUUGGAGUUGAGGAAGCUGGGUAUAGAACAGCAACUUUGGGAAGCUUCUCGGAAGGGAAUUGAUCAGCCAUCAGGGUUGUCGACACUUGACAAUCAUAAACCUGCCUCUGACUCAGAUAGCUCAUCGUGA